AGGCGCUGCGGCGACGCAGUCUAGAGCCGAGCGCCGGAUUCCGCCGCGCCCUAAAGGAGGAGGAGGAGGAGCCAGACUCGCCUCCGAGGGAGUUGGCGAAGAACCGAAAGUGAAAGACCGAGCCUCGCCUCCCCUGCUUCGGUCAGCCAUGGCCGGCGCUCCUGCUCCGCUCUUUGUGCAGGUCUUUCUCCUUCCUGAAGAGAAGGGCUUGGAGAGGCUCGAGUUCAAGCUGCAAGUCCACUUCCAAUCCCGGAAACGCUCCGGGGGCGGCGAAUGCGAAGUGCGAGUUCUGGAUCGUGAGCGGGACGUCUAUUCGGUGCAAUUCCUGUCGGAGGAAGUGAAGAAACAGGUGAAGAUAUCUGGACCUCAUUUCAUAGAAGUUUUUGGAAGAUCUGUAAAGAUAAAUAUCCUUCCAGAUUCUGAGGUGUCAAUGAUGGAUGUGACGGAAACAUCACUGGCAAAUUAUUUGAAGAGCUCAGCAGCAAGCUCGUUUUCUGCUUCAAGCACUCUGUCACUUCCAAAUGAUUUUGGAGAGCAAAAGCUGAAAGAAAAAUCUGCAGGUGGUCUGGAAAGCAUGACCAGAAAGAUCUUUCUUAGCGUAUCUGCCACUUUGAAUACUGAAUUGCUCACAAAAGAGCAGAGAAGUCAGGUGACAACUGUCUGUCCCACCUUAAAAAUAGAUGUGCACUCAAGGCAGACUGGCAUAGAAAAGGUAUCAGGAGAUUAUGAUGACAUUGAGAAGUUACACCGUCAUUUUGAGAAGCUCCUUGGAGGCCCCCACCACCGCAACAAUGAAUUUUCACACCCUAAAGGGCCAAAAACCUUGAGAGAGAUGCCCAUGGAUGAUUGGAAGGAAGGAAGGAAGAAUGAUGUAGAUGUGUGUGAUAUCAAGGUUCCUUCAGCUAUCUUUGAAUACUUCAGUCAGGCCUGCAAGGAACAAGUUGAUGAACUGGAGCAGAAGUUCAGCGUAAAGCUGACUAGUGAAGAAUGUGGAAAUGGGUUGGCUUCUCUACGCUUCUUUUCUGUUGGGGACCCUAGCCUCCUAGAGAAAGCUCAGCAUAAUUUUGUCACAGCGUUUCAGAAGGUGACCGCAGAUCUGAAACAGGAGAGAAUGUCUUUUGCUGACAGCCACCAGAUGGCUAAAGCACAGCAGAUUUUAAACCUCCGUUUCAAGAGUGUCCUUGCUAAAACAAAGGGAAAUACGUUGAUUCUCCGUGGCCCUGCAAAGGAGAUUUCAGCUGCUAAAGGUGCAAUAGAAGAAUUAGAGGCAGGAGAGUUUGUUAAAAAACCUGAAGCUUCUGAAGCUUACUCUUUUAAAACUGACCCUGGAUUUGAUCUCAAGACAUUUACAUUCUUGCAACCAGAAUUGGGUAAAGAAAUUGACUAUAUAAACCGAAAGUACAAUACUGAAGCACUGGCAGAGUAUGAUAACAACAAACAGAAAGUAUAUGUUUUCUUUAAGCAUAGGAAGUAUCCAAACUCAGAUUCAUGUUUACAAGCCUAUGAGAGCUUUGUUCAUUUUUAUCAGGCGAUUUCAGCCCAGCCCAAGGAAAAAGUCAUCACCUUGAAUCUUGAUCAGAGAAGAAAACUAGACAACUUCUUUUCAGCAAUGCAAAAAGAAAAUCCCAGAGUAUCAAUGCGUAUAUCAAAGAAUAAUAAUCUAAUUCUACGUGGUAUUCCAGAGCAUGUGCUUUCUGUUGAAAAGCACGUCAUGAGGUUUCUGGAAACUGAUGUUGAUCCACCUGUAGGAAGUAUAGGUCCUAGUGCCAGCUCUGGAGAAAAUAAAGGUGCGUAUGCAUAUUUGGAGCAAAAUGGGGCCCCCAGAAUGCACUCCCCUCCUCCCAGGGAGCAAAAGGAGUCAAAGGAAAUGGAAGUCAAACAAGAGGAUAUGUGCAGCAUUUGCAGGGACGCAAUCCACCAAAAGAAAGUGCUGCCCAAAUGCAAGCAUGAGUUUUGUACUGAGUGCAUUGAACAGGCCUUGAAAUACAAGCCUGUUUGCCCUGUGUGUAAUGUGGCCUAUGGGAAGGUGGAAGGAAACCAACCACCAGGGACAAUGGACAUCCAGAAAUAUCGAACGUCACUUCCUGGUUAUGAUGGAUAUGGCACCAUCGUAAUUUCAUAUAACAUACAUGGUGGCAUUCAAACGGAAAGCCACCCAAACCCAGGAAGACCAUUCACCGGAACAAGUCGGACAGCAUAUUUACCUGAUAAUCCAGAAGGAAGAGAAAUUUUGAAGUUGCUUCAACAGGCCUUUGAUCAGAAGUUGAUUUUCACAGUUGGCCAGUCACGUACAACCGGUGUAACGAAUGUUGUUACCUGGAAUGACAUUCACCACAAAACUAGCUGUUCUGGAGGGGCAAGCAGUUUUGGCUACCCCGAUCCAGAUUACCUGAAACGUGUUCGAGAAGAACUGAAGGCGAAAGGAAUUAAAUGAACGCUCUUUCAGUCGACUGUCCAGAAUCUGUACCAGUCCAAAGAUGUGCCAAUUGGAUUUAGCUUAUGGGUGCUUUUUUCAGAAACAUUUUCUGCUUAUCCAAUACAAAAUUCUGAAUUGCAGAACUUGUUGAAUAACAUGUUAAAAAUCUGUUGCAGUGCUGUUAAGUAAAGCUGGGGAAUGGGAUGGGGAAACUGUGGCCCACAAGAUGUACAGCUUCCAUCAACCAUGAUAGUUAGCCACGCUGGAGGGAGUUCAACAUCUCAAGGGCUACAAGUUCCACACUGCUGCUGUAGACCGAAUCACAUUUCAUGGAGUCCAGCCCCAUUGAUUGCAGCGGGCCUUGAUUUUCAGAGUUCUGCUGAAGUCACUUGGUCUCAGUUUUUAGUAGAAGCGUGCAUGAUUAAGCUGUUAACAUUUUUUCCUCUCUGUGUGCUUAUUACUACUACCACUUGCAGCAUAACUGGGUGGAAAGAAGUUUAGUUUUUCUCACCUUUGUAGAACUGGGCUGUUUUGCCUUCUUUCUUUGCAUUGUGAAGAUUCUUAAGUAAAAGCUAACCAAUAAAAAUGGUUCGGGGCCAUAGGGUAGUAUUCAACUAAAUUUUCUUAAUGGGACUAAAUUGGUUGUUAGCUGAUUUCAGUGAGUCUACUCUGAGUAAAACUUAGAUAAAUGCUAUCUGCAGACUGAAGUAUAUUGU